GUGUAAACAGGAAGAAGCUGCGAAAACCAGGGAAAAUCUAGAAGACGAAUAUAUAUUCAACGGGGGAAAAAUCAUAACGUUCAUUGAUUACUCGUAAUUGUAUUAUUUUAGCGCACGAAUAUGUCAACGAAUAUUAUUCUGAAUGAAGUAUUUUAGCACAGCGGUACACGACGAUAGUCAGCAACGUUACAUUAGCUAGACUUUUUCUUUAUUUUUUACAGAUUGGCACCUAACUGAAGCUAGUAGCUGUCGUUUCGUUUAACUAGAAAAUAGUUUGCAAGAAUCUAAUUUGGACAGACAAGUCGAGCAAUAUUUUUUCACACUGCGGCCUGUGAACAACGCCGGGGAUUGUCAGUAAACUAACGUUACACGGUUCAUUUCCCCUCUCCUUUCAAGUCGUCCGGGUGGCCUGCUAACCUCCUAUUGUCGGAGUUUCGGGUCAGACUCCCCUCGUCCAAGCACGUUUUUUCCCCCAAACCCUGUCUGUUGCUAGCUACGAGAACAGACAGUCUAUAGAAAUGGUUCAGAAAGGUAAGGCGGUGGUGGGGACGUCUCAAGUGGAGGUUGAGGCGAGCCCAAGCUCGGGGCCGUCUGAGGCUGGUUCAGAAGCCCCUGGCUCAGUGGAAGAACCGAGAAGCAUCGGGGUGGAACUAUCGAGCCGCAGGAAAUUCAUCAGUGGAGUCGUGGAGGGCUUCUACGGCCGGCCAUGGACAAUGGAACAAAGGAAAGAGCUGUUCAGGAGACAGCAGAAAUGGGGCUUGAACACAUACCUCUACGCGCCUAAAGAUGACUACAAACACAGGAUGUUCUGGAGAGAGAUGUACUCAGUAGAAGAAGCAGAACAACUGAUGACCCUGAUCAGUGCUGCAAAGGAGUAUGGGACCGAGUUCAUCUAUGCCAUCUCCCCAGGCCUAGACAUCACCUUCUCUAACCAGAAAGAAGUGUCCACACUCAAGAGGAAACUGGACCAGGUGACUCACUUUGGCUGCAAGUCAUUUGCCUUACUGUUUGACGACAUCGACCACAACAUGUGCCCCGCCGACAAGGAAGUGUUCAGCUCCUUCGCCCAUGCCCAGGUGUCCAUCACCAACGAGAUCUUUCAGUACCUGGGAGAGCCUGAGACCUUCCUCUUCUGCCCCACAGAGUACUGUGGAACGUUCUGCUACCCCAAUGUGGCCCAGUCUCCCUACCUGCACACAGUGGGAGAGAAGCUGCUGCCUGGUAUUGAAGUGCUGUGGACAGGUCCUAAGGUGGUAUCCAAAGACAUUACAGUGGAGUCCAUAGAGGAGGUCUCUAAGAUCCUGAAGAGAGCUCCGGUAAUCUGGGACAAUAUCCAUGCCAACGACUACGACCAGAAGCGUCUGUUCCUGGGGCCGUACAAGGGGCGCUCCACAGAGCUCAUCCCCCGCCUCAAGGGGGUUCUCACCAACCCCAACUGUGAGUUCGAGUCCAACUUCGUGGCCAUCCACACCCUGGCCACUUGGUACAAGUCCAACAUGAACGGAGUGCGCAAGGAUGUCGCCAUGACGGAUGGAGAGGACAGUACUGUGUCUAUCCAGAUCAAGCUGGAGAAUGAGGGCAGUGAUGAGGAGUUAGAGACAGACAUGUUGUACAGCCCUCAACUGGCCCUGAAACUGGCCCUCACAGAGUGGCUGGGGGAGUUUGUAGUGCCUCACCAGUACAACAGUCGCCAGGUACCCCACAGCGGAGCUAAGAGUUCAGCUAUUGACGUGUCAUCACCAGGUGCCUCCUCCCUCUGCUCUGCUACUACAGUCACUACAGUGUUCCAACAGCCCAUCAUGACCCCCACAGGCGCCCCCGACCCCAACAACCACCCCAUGGCCAAGAGACUGCAACAACAACAAGAGGUGGAGGAGGUGGAUGUUGAGAAGAAGGAGUCUGACGAAGAGCCCAUGGAGAUGGUUGUGGAGAAACCAGAUGAGACGGACCCAGAGUCAGACCCUGUAGCAGAGGCUGCAACUGAGACCAAGAGCAGCCUGGUCCUUAUAGACCAGAUGGCAGAGGAUCUGAAGCCCAUGGACACAGACAGGGAAGUCCUGGUUCCUGAGUCCAAGUCUCCAGAGGAGGACAUUGACAUGGCCCCCAUGCAGACAGACGAACAGCUCAAACAGGAUGUCUUUGUGCCUGGUCCCAAUGAGAAGGCAUUGUACACGGCAGAGCCUCUCUCUCUGGAGGACCUGACCCUGCUAGCUGAGCUCUUCUACCUGCCCUAUGAAUACGGACCCAAAGCCCUGCACAUGCUCAAGGAGUUCAACUGGCUACGGGCCAAUAGCAGCACCGUCAGCGUCAACUGCGAGGGCAAGGAACCAGAGAAGGUUGUGGAGUGGAAGUCCCGGGCGGAGAAGUUUGAGGAGAUGUGUUGUUCGGUCAUCCAGAUGUUCACCAGGCUGUCUAAUUCAGCCAACCGCACCAUCCUCUACGACCUCUACCCCUACAUCUGGGACAUCAAGAGCAUCACCUCCAUGGUCAAGUCCUUUGUCCAGUGGCUAGGGUGCCGUAGUCAGGCCACUGCACAGUUCCUUAGUGGAGACCAAGAGCCUUGGGCCUUUAGGGGCGGUCUAGCAGGAGAGUUUCAGAGAUUGUUGCCAAUCGACGGGGCAAACGAUCUUUUCUUCCAGCCUCCUCCCGCACUGCCAACAUCCAAAAUCUAUUCCAUCAGGCCCUACUAUGCUAAAGAUGAGCAUGCGGUUUAUAAGAUCUGCAGAGAGAUGUACUCUGAAGGAGUGGAGGAACUGCCCUUCUCUGGAGAGGAGCCAGACCUCAUAGGCGACAGGUUAGUAGGAGGGUUCCUGAACCUGAGUCCAGACUAUGGGUUUGUCCUGGAGGACGAGGAGGGGAUCUGUGGUUACGCUCUGGGCACUGUGGACGUCAAGCCCUUUGUCAAGAAGUGUAAAAUGAGCUGGAUCCCCUCCAUGCAGGAGAAAUACAACAAGCCCGACUGCCAGAAGGACCUCUCUGAGGCUGAGAAGAUGAUGUUGAGUUUCCAUGAGGAGGAGGAGGGCCUCCCAGAAUCGUUCCUCUCCAACUUCCCGUCCCUCAUCAAAGUGGACAUCCAUGCCAAGGUCACCGACCCCAGCGUGGCCAAGAGCAUGAUGGGGUGCCUGCUCUCUUCCCUAAAGGCCAAUGGUUCCAUUGGUGCGUUCUGUGAGGUGCGUCAGGCAGACAAGAGGAUGAUGGACUUCUACAGUAAGCUUGGCUGCUUCGAGGUUGCCAAGAUGGAGGGCUUCCCCAAAGACAUAAUCAUCAUGGGCCGCAGCCUUUGAGAACAACUACAACAUCAUCAACACGGGACGCAGCUUCUGAGACAGUUAGCCUUGCUAACCAAGCAACCAUGGAGCUGUAUAGAAAGCUUAAGUCAGCCAGGCUAAGGAUCACUGUCUGUUACCUUUACAAAACAACCAAUACUUGAUGAUUUUAUACUUCAACCACCUGGACUAGACAAGGCUAGAGGCAGCCUGUUUUUAGACAGUGUUCAGAAACAUCGCAUCUUGUACAGAUUCACUGUGCUGCCGCUAAAGGCCAAGAGCUCUGCCGGAUUGAAACAGAAUCCGAAACUGUUAAGAGCCACAGAGGUUAUCUGUAAAGCCCUGUGUGUGUUGAUUUGAGCCAAGAUGGCGGACGGUUUCCCUCUGUCUUUGGUCUCCAGAAUGGAGGUGAUGACUGUUCCCCGUGCGGCUGCAGGAAGUAGGAGCUGGUCAGGUGCCAUCCACUCCCAUUAGCCUUUCAGACCAUUCGACUUGACUGUCAGUAGCCGCGAGUGGGGGUCUGUCUGUGUCUCACGCAGACACAGUCAGGGGGUGUAUUGAGAUAUUACUCCAUCUGAAAUUGCUCCCCGUGUAACACAUUACUUUUGUCUGGUUAAAGGUAGUGCAGUGUAUAGAGAAUAGGGAGUUAUUUGAGACUUGGUAGUAGAUCAUGACACUACACCCUAGUAUAGGCCUAGCUGAUGGGGUGCUGGUUGGGGAAAAGGGGCCUUUAAAGUAUAUUACAGUUUUCUCCUGCACCACCUCUUCAAACAGGUGGUCCUCCUAGCUAACAGAGUGGAGAGUGGUUUAUGAUUCCACCUAUACUGUUUUCUAGUGCAUCCAUUUCACUCUUGAGUUUGAAAAAUGGUAUCUUUCUGGUGUGUUACAGAUUCCUCAAUAGUUUACCUAACCAAGACAUGCAGAUGAAAUCAUAUGUUUGAGUGUUCGAGGAAACUUCUGCAGACUUAAGUAACGAGUUGUUUUCUUGAAACCCACCUGAGUAGAAAUGGAUAACCUUGAAGAGAGAGAAAGGAAUAUGUGGAAGUUGUCACUUAUGUUAUGGUUUGUUUAUUCCCUUAACCCUUUGCUUUUGGCCAUGUUUUUUACUAGGGAUGUAACGAUUUACCAAUACGCACCGGUCCCCGAUUUUAAAAUGUUUUAAGAUAUAAGUGUACCGGUCCACGGACCCCAAACCGAUCCAAAUGUAGCAUGCAUCGGUCAGAAAACGAUUUAAACGUUACAAAUUGCCGGUUCACCAAAAUGUUUUGCUCACCAAAAUGUUUUGCUCAUAUUACAUUCUUUCUACCUUCUGAAAAUACUUCUCAACUUUUGUGACAACUGAUGCGUCGUCUUUCCUUCAGUGUCGAACUGCAUGUAACUGUGUUGACAGUCAUUGAUCUACAAGUCAUUUUGCAUGCCGAACAACCCCAGGCAAUAUCAGUAGCCUAGUCAAACUGAUACCCUUUACAGACAGACUUUACGGUAUGUUGCCUGUUAAAAAAAAAAAAAACAGGCAAUGUUUUUAGGGCACAAUUCAUAGUCACAUUUUUACCACAUUCUUGCCAGGAUAAGCCUUUUUUUAUAUCUCCCGUGCACAUGCCGGCAAGUGUGGGAGUAGACGUGGGGCCAAUGUGGGUGGACAUCCUAUUUUAAUAAAUCCAUUGAAUAUACGCCAUCACAAAUAAAUCCAUUAUUAAUUAGUUUUAGGCUGGACCUAAGAAACAAAACCCAUUUUUUCCCCAAAAAUAAUAGAAUGCCAUGUUUUGAGUUUAAUUUUGUUACUGGUCUGUGCGGCCUAUAUGGCUGUGGCAUGCACGUGAAAUCAAUAUUUAUUUUGUUAAUUAAACAGACGAAACAUACUUGGGCUACAUUAUUGCAUGCUAAAUGUUUCUGAUCAGUGAUGGAUGAGCAAACCGAUCGAUGAGCUAUACCACCUCCACUUAUUUUCCCAGCCAGAGAAUUAACCAAAUAUACAGACGAGAUUCAGUGAAACAAAAUCACAUUGAUUGAUUAAGACAAGUCACAGGCUUUUGGUCGGGAGUAGGCCUAGGCUACUAGGCGACUGCCAGUGAAGAGCAAAAUAAUUCACUUGUUAAGCUACAUAACAUGCUGGCAAAAUGUUCUGAUCGGUGCUAAUAAAUGACCCAACCAGACAAGAUGAUCAUGAGCAGCACUCACCUCAACUUAGCUAACAUUACCACAGCCUAAUUGUAGUUAACCAAUAUCCAGAGGUUCGGGGAAAAUAAAAAUCUGACAUUGAUUUAUCAAGACCCCAUGCUUGUCUCAAAGCAGUGCGAAACGGUGUUGAAAUAGUUGACCACACGCAUGUAGGCUGCUGCGUCAAUGAAAUGUAUUAUAACAGUUGGAUGACUGGGAGUUUCAGUAAGCAACAAUUUGAUGCCUUCAAUUGGAUUAGCCUACUUUAUUCCAAUAUUUUUGUCAUUCGGUGAUGUCUAUUCCAACGAUAAUUCUUUAUGGAUCCAUCCAGUUAUAGUUAAGGAAACUGUGUAUAUGGUGGGCUAUGCGAAGAUGGGUGAAGUGACAUGUCUCGCAAAGUUUAGAACUGCCAGGAUGAUAGUAGUAACUGGUGGUGCCUAGCAACCAUCAAGAACUUAAGAGCGUGCCAAUGCCGCCUCAGCAUUACGGCUACAUUUCAUACUAAGCCGUAGGCAGAACUGUACCGCAACCAAGUCGCCAGCAAUACCUUUCAUAUAUAAAGAGAAGUCGGCAAAAAGUUAUCGGGAUGCUAAAUGAAAAAGCGGAAAAACAUCUUGGUUUGGAAGGUGUAUGAGAAGGGUGCAAUUGCGGCCCGCAAUUCGUGGCGUUCCUGUAUGUUGGUAUUCCUGCAUCUGCAUAUUCAGGAAAUUAUCAAAUUUACCCUGUAUAUCUAAAAAUGACCAUCUACACUGAUUGUUUAAAGUAAAACUAUCAAAACUAUUGCUGAUGGUGAACCUGAAUAAUCAAAACAAAAUCUAGUGUAAGCCCUGUUCAGCAGGUAUAGCCAGAUGAGUUGUCUCUGGUAGCUUACUUUUAUUCCGGUAAAACACAAUUUUCAACAGCACAUCGAUAGCAAUAACGUAGCAAAUUACAUAGGUUGUCACUCAACUAAUAAAGCCUAAUAUCAUGCAAGCCAUUUUAGCAUUUGCAUGCUGAAGGUGCCGCACAGAUGUGCAAGAGCAGGAACAGGUCGCCUACCUUGUGCAAAACUGGGCACUGUGCGCAGUUUGACCAACAGUGUGUGAAUGCAGCCUGCAAUUUGGGGCAUUCCUGAAUGUGGGCAUUCUUAUCCUGACAAGGACACCAAUCACUUUUGCGAGGCAUGGUCGACGCAAGAGGAUAUCACUCCAAAUGGUCAAAACCAUUUGAUUUUGAAAGAAAGUUGUGCUAUAUAUUCAUUGCCUAUGUCAUAGCUAAUUUGUGAACAAUAAAUAUUGAUACAUUGCUAGCUCUAACACUUAAUCUGCUAAAUUUCUCAAUUUUGAUUUCAGAAACAGUGGGGGGACAAAAAACAUGCCCCCCCCCCCCCCAAUCUGGUAGUGGGGUGGUAGAUGCCUAGUCUCCUUUAUGGCUCAUCUCAGGUGCCUGCAUAGUACAUACACCGCAUAGAAAUACAUAAUUUACACAAAACACACACAAACAGAGGCCCAGCUCAUUAGCUCCAUCAACAGCAUUCAACAUUCAUAAUUUAGAAUGGAAAAUGAAUGUGUUUAUGCAACAAAUGUUAGUGCAUCGCCUCGACCGAAUCGCAUCGAUUCGUUCUCUAAUCAAACCUAAUGGCACAGAAUUGUUUCAAACUAAAACGUAUCGUUCCUGUAUCGUAUCUAGAUACGUAUAGAAUCGUCUUAAAAAGGAAAGAUGCACAUCCCUAUUUUUUACAGUAUGUUUAUAUAUUGCUUUUGUAUUGCCUUUUGGUUCAUUGCCUUUCUAUAUGAUUUUUCUACCUGUGGAUAUCUCCAAGGGGCCUAUUGCCCUGUACUGUAGCUCACAGGUGAUUAUCACGCACUCUUAUCUACUGUCAAUCCACCUGACAUAUACAUAAGGGGACUUGAGAAUGGGUGGGUUCAUUUUAGCUUACUUGGUGCCCAGGGUGGGCUGAGUUUUGACAUUUAAUUACCAUGGAAUAAUCUACCUUCCGGUACCCCAGGCGAGCUAAAAAUGAACGCACCUUGCCUCAAGGGUGGGUCAUCUGCUCUGAAAGGUCUCUAGAUUCAGUCACAAAUCCAGUGCUCUGGCUCUUAAGCCAAGAGAGAUGAGCCAAAUCUUAAUGUUAGAAAAUGUGAAAAUAGGACGAAACAGUUUGCAGAUGCUUUAGCACUCCCACUAUAAUGCAGCUGCUCUAUUUCUCAACUUCCCAUGAUGUGCUGAGGAAUGCUAACCACUAACCAGAAUCUUAUCCAGGACAUCAUGUUCAGUUAGAAAUAUACUGUGUAGAACAGACGCGAUUCCAUGCAAAGCAGAAUGAGGAACCAUGUCGGCUCUGUACGCCACAUUUCUAUCUGCAACGUCCUACAACAUUGCACUCACUUGAAUACCAUUGCUGCCCUUCUUAGGGUUGUUAAGCUAGAGUGACAUUGACUGACUACCUUCACUGGCCCUGGCUGUGUCAAGAGAAAUGGAGGGAGUGAUAUACUAUACCUAGGCCUUUUGUAUCUACAUAUGUGUUAAAUGUUUUAUACUCAAAGUGUUUCUCAUUUUGCUGUUUUUGUUCAUGUAAAGCGAGUAAAAAGCACUUUGAUCCUAACAUGAAGCCUUCUCUUUGUAACAGGAGGAUCAGCCGUAGCUCAUGUUGCUUUGUCCUAGCUGCCUGCCAAUGUGAUGUUUUGAUACUGCUACAUACAGUACAUCUGUGCUGUGCAUGAUGCUUAUUAGAUUUGUUUGGUUUAGCAAACAUCAGAAGAAAAAAAUCACAUCCAUAUUACAGUCUAGUUCACCGGGGGGAGUUGAUAGCUUGAUGCCCUUCCUCAACCUAUGACGUCACCGCAGACAAUAGACAAGUCAAUUAAAAUCUGUAAAGGAAUAGGGGGGAAAUAAGACAAGUAUUUGGUUAGCUCAUUUUUGUUUUCUGAUUUUUGUCAUUUCUCAAUGAGCACAAGCCUGAAUCAGUUGAAACAUUUUAAACAGUAGUUAGAUUGAAGUAUUUGUCUUCUCUAUUCAACACGUCACCCUCCGUACUAUGUUAUUCUGUGGUGGUCAAGUAAAUUUCCCAGAGAGAAUAAAACAUGUAUCCUUCCAGUUCUCCACUGAUAUUGAAGGGUUCACUUUUCCAUAACGUCAGACAUUUUGUCAUUGCUUGUGCUAUUGUGACGACUGCUUUUUUUUCUGCCUCCUGAUUUUGAAAGUAUAGCUGCAGUUGAAAGGGAUUAUUGUAGGCCUGCGUUUGAUGAUACAUACAUAGGGACAUUGGGUUUUUUGAGGGGGACGUUUACUGAUAAUAUAACUCAUUUCUGUAAAAUGUGUAUGUAAAAGGAAAAUGAUGGUUUAUAAUAUUAAUAAACAAUGUAAAAAGUG